AAAACCCUAGAAAGGAUCUACUAGUUUGUGAGAUCAGCGGCGGCGAAAAUGGUGAAGUUUUUGAAGCCAAACAAGGCUGUGGUGGUUCUCAACGGCCGUUUCGCCGGAAGGAAAGCUGUAAUCGUGAGGCAAUUUGAUGACGGAACCCGUGAUCGUCCUUAUGGCCACUGCCUCGUUGCCGGAAUCGCCAAAUACCCGAAGAAGGUGAUCCGAAAGGACUCGGCAAAGAAGACGGCGAAGAAGUCGCGGGUGAAGGCAUUCAUCAAGCUAGUGAACUACAACCACAUCAUGCCGACUAGGUACACGCUCGACGUCGAUCUCAAGGAUGUCGUCACCGUCGACGCGCUUCAGUCGCAUGACAAGAAGGUGACUGCCUGUAAGGAGACCAAAGCACGAUUGGAGGAGAGGUUCAAGACCGGGAAGAAUCGUUGGUUCUUUUCAAAGCUCCGAUUCUGAGCAAAAGAUAAGUUGUUUUACAUUUCCUUUUUUGUGUUUGUUCUUCUCAAUUUUCCGCUGAUGGAUUUUAAUGCUCAGACUUUUAUUGAUACUAGUGCAUCUUCGAUUUAUA